UUGUAAUUUUCAAAAAGGGGAUUCCCCAAUGAGCAGUGGAAACACUUUCUUCCUCUUCUUGUUCUUUUAUUAGAAAAUGCAACUGUGGAGAAUAUCAAACACUGAACAAACUUAAUUAUACGUAUAUUUAUCAACGAGUAUAUGUAGAUCAACUAGGGCUGGAAGCAUAUUAAAAGCAACCAAGCAUAUUAUUAAAACACAUUCAGGUUUGUAUUUGAAUACAUUUUAAUAGUAUGGAGCAGAAUUGUGAUUCGCCUUUGGAGGAGCAAAACAAACCUCUACAAAGAAAGCACACGAAAAAAUAUAGUCAAAAGAAAUACAAGGGACAGUCAAAUUUAUAUGUUAACUCUCAAUUCUCGAUUCGUAUUGCUGAAAUAUUCUCUAAAGUUUGGAUGUACUUGGUUAAUAUUUUUGAUUUGAGCUACAAGAAACACAAAGAAGAAUUCCCAGAUGAACAGAAAACUAAACUAAAGCAUAUACUAGAACAAUUACGAGAAGAAGUUCACAACUCUGUAAAAGAUAUUGAACAACAGAGUAAUGACCAAUGUGAGGACUUACUGAUUCAAAAUGAAACAUUGAAAUCUGAAAACAAGAAAAAUAUUGGUAAGAUUCAAGUACUGGGCACAGAAGUGGCUGCUCUGAAUGGUAAAAUAAGAGGAUAUGAAACCCUUGCUGGUCUAUAUCAAGACUGCAAAGAUGACUGUGCCAGAUUAAAACAAUUAGUUUUAAAAGGUGAAGAAGAAAAUGUCAGACUUAGACAACAAAAUGCAGAUCUUGAUAGUGAAUUGAAAAGACGUGAUGCUUCAGAUGAGAUAUUGGAUCAGAGAGAAAACACUGCAGAGCUCAAUGAUCAGGCAGAAGAUGGAGGGACAACAGCCAAGCUUAUACAGCUUGAAGAAACUACUGAUGCUUCUGUAACACAACUACAUAAGAGUGUGGAUUCAUCUUCUUCAUUAGUAACAGGAAGUGAGCAAACGUCUGAUGAUAAUAACAUGCAAUCUAACAACAUGGAUCUUAAUUCACGCAAUGUUCCAACCGAGAGUGAUGAAUUCAUGGAAAUACCAUCUUGUGAAAUGUAUAUUAAUCAUGAGUCACCAUGUCAUCAAAUGCCAUCACGAGACAUGUAUGUUGGAAUAUCCUACCUUGAAAAGCCUGAAGUGAUUGAUCAGGAAGACCAUGUCCCUGUGGCUGAGUUACAUAAGAGGGACUAUAUUCUACAGUGGCAGAAUGACUGCCAGGAUGAUUCACUGAAUUACCACACAGUCAGUGGAGAGAUAUCAAAUGAAGUAAAGGAACUAUGGAACCGAAUUAAUAAACUUAGUUUGGAUAAGGAGGUACUCUCAAUUGAAGUAGAAAAUCUAACUGGAGUAUUGGGUAAUAUUACUGGAACAGGGAAACCUACUGAUUUUGCGAGAGAGGUUUCGAAGACAACUGUAAAAAUAUUACGCUUGGAGAAGAAAUGUCAGCUAUUAAAGGAUAUCAUUGAACAUGUGACAGAAGAAAAUAGCAGUCUGAAAGCUAAAUAUUCAAUGGCAAUGCUAGAAAAAGACAAGCAGAUUCUUGAUGGAAGGCAAGAACAGGCACUUUUGCUUGAGAAAAUCAAAGUUUUGGAACAUGCAAGAGAUAACCUCACUCCACCAACCAACAAAAUAGACAAGGAAGAUGUUGCUGAUUGGAUUGAAGUAGAUCACAUUCAACAAACAGAGACUACAUCUGAUGUUAAUGAUGCCACAAAACAGAGGUUAUUAUACCUGGAAAAGAAAGUACAGAAACAACACAAGAAAUUAAAAGAGCUUCUGGAUGUGAACCAGAAAUGGGAUGAGUAUAACAAGAAACGUGAAGCUGAGUACAAGAGAGAAAUUGAGUCCUUUAAAGUAAAAGAGAAAAACAGCAAAGAAGCUGAUGAAAAACGUCAGAAACAAAUUGACCAAAUGAUGCUUGCUACAAAGAAAAAAUUAGAUGAUGCAAAGGUUGAGAUGGACGAGUUAUCAGCUGAUUAUGAGUCAUUAAAGUUAAGUCACAAACAAUUGGGAGAAAGGGAGAAAGCUUUGAUAAAUCAACUAAAGGGAAUGAAGGAGAGGGAACUUAAUAUGGAGAGAGAAAUAUUUGAAAUUAAGAUUAAACCAACAAUGUCACUAUACCAAACAAAUGUAGGAGGACCACGUCACCAUGUAGAGCCUAGUGCCCCCAAGAUGGAGUCUCUCUCCUUAGAUAUAACAGCGGGUGAUGACCCAAAUUCUACAAUUGAACUAAACCCGCAGGACCUUACAAAACAAGUCAAAGACUUAAGAGAAGAGAACAGGUUCCUGAAAUUCCAAGCUGAUGCAAACCGCGAAGACUUUGAAGUGGAGCGCAGAGACCGUGAGAGGGUACAAGGUGAGAAAUCUGACCUUAAAGAAAGGGUUGAGAUGUUGGAGAAGGAAUGGAAAAGAGCAGUAAAGAAGGCAAGACAAGAAGAAAAGCAAAAUGGAGAAGUUAAUGCAGAAAACAGCCGUUUGAAACGACAGCUUAAGGAAAUCCAAAAGGUGGCGAAGCAGUCAGCAAAGCAGUUGCCAGUGUACUAUGUCCCUGUGUCUGAGCAGGCAAAGCCUUCAUACAGUACAUACACAAAACCUUCUAAAGAAGCUGCAAAAAUCCUGCCCAUGGCAGAGAGAAAGCAGAUAUGGAACUGUACCAUUUGUACGUUUGAGAACCCUUUUCAGAGAACUACGUGUGAGAUGUGCUCGAGUCCUAAAGAUAUUGAGGUGUCAUAUGACUCACUAACUGGGAAAAGGAGUCAAACAAGCAUCUAUCCCCGUGGAAGUAAACUAGGUCACGAAGAUUAAACAGUCAACAUAGUGCACUCAUAGAACAUACAGGAGACUGCAUGGUUACACACAUCAAUUCACAAAGGAACAUUGAAUAGCAGAAACUAUAUUCACAGGGAUUUUAUAUUCACAGUGAGCAGUCUCUCCAAUAUUAUCUUUGGUGUAUAUUUCACCAUCCCUUUUCUCCAUUUCCCAAUUCUCUUGAACUUGAUUCU